AUGAAAUGGGACAGUGGCAAGAAAAGCACUUUAGAAGCUGUAGGUGCAAUCCUCACGGCAGGGAAGGGCAGCUGUUGGUAUUUUGCCUCUAGCCAAGCGCAGGACCGGAUCAGAACCUCCACGGGACCCACAGCCCCUGCCCUGGACCAGCAGAGCCCUCCAGGAGCCCGUUGGCCUCGGGGAGGGCAGAGGGGCGGGAUGGAAGCGCUGGUUCGUCUAGGGGUCUCCACUGCAGGGACCCAGCCCCAUCGGAGGGCUGGAGGAAGGAGUGGGGGGCGGAUGAAUCCAUUCGCCAGGGAUUGGCCGGCCCAAACUGGGUCGGGGAAGAGGAUGGACUGGCCCGACGGAGACCCGAGACGUCACUGGGCGGGCCGAGUCUGCCUCCCUCCCUCCCUGGCUGGCCCCGGAGCCGCUCUGGGCGGAGGCCCCCGGGGAACUGGACGCCUGGGACUGGGGCGCCCACGUCUGCAGCCCGGGUGUGCUCUUCGCGCAGCCUGCGGAGCCCAGCUGAGCGAACUAGGGCUGUCCCUGCAGAAGUCUGCCCGAGUAUUUACUCCCGCACUGACCUGGCCACAGGUGAAGCGGCUGGAUGCACUCCUGAGCGAGCCUAUUCCCAUCCACGGGCGCGGCAACUUCCCCACGCUGAGCGUGCAGCCCCGGCAGAUCGUGCAGGUGGUGCGCAGCAGCCUCGAGGAGCAGGGACUUAGGGUGCACAGUGUACGGCUACAUGGCUCGGCUGCCAGCCAUGUGCUGCACCCUGAGAGUGGCCUGGGCUACAAGGACCUGGACCUGGUAUUCCGGGUGGACUUGCACAGUGAGGCUUGCUUCCAGCUGACCAAGGCUGUGGUGCUAGCCUGCCUGCUGGACUUCCUGCCAGCUGGUGUGAGCCGGGCCAAGAUCACGCCAUUGACACUCAAGGAGGCAUACGUGCAAAAGCUGGUGAAAGUGUGCACAGACACAGAUCGCUGGAGCCUCAUCUCACUGUCCAACAAGAGUGGCAAGAACGUGGAGCUCAAGUUUGUGGACUCUGUGAGGCGCCAGUUCGAGUUCAGCGUCGACUCCUUCCAGAUCAUCCUGGACUCUCUGCUGCUUUUUGGCCAGUGCUCAUCCACGCCCAUGUCUGAGGCCUUCCACCCAACGGUGACAGGUGAGAGCCUGUAUGGGGACUUCGCCGAGGCCCUGGAGCACCUACAGCACCGUGUCAUUGCCACUCGCAGCCCAGAGGAGAUCCGAGGCGGUGGCCUCCUCAAGUAUUGCCACCUCCUAGUGCGGGGCUUCCGGCCCCGGCCCAGCACUGAUGUGCGUGCCCUGCAGCGGUACAUGUGCUCCCGCUUCUUCAUCGACUUUCCUGACCUGGCAGAGCAGCAGCGCACUCUGGAGCGCUACCUGGAGGCCCACUUCGGCGAGGGUGACGCCACCCGCCAGUACGCCUGCCUGGUGACACUGCACGGGGUGGUCAACGAGAGCACUGUGUGCCUCAUGAACCAUGAGCGCUGCCAGACGCUGGACCUCAUUGCCACACUGGCGCUCCAGGCACUGGCUGAGCAGGGCCCAGCUGCCACUGCUGCCCUGGCCUGGUGCCCCCCGGGUGCUGACGGGCUUGUGCCGGCCACUGUCAGUUACUACGUGACCCCUGUACAGCCUCUAUUGGCUCGGGCCCACUCCUAUCCCACCUGGCUGCCUUGUAACUGACUCAGACCCUGGCCAGAAAGGACGAGGCCUCUUGUGCUGGGGCUAACAGGAAGGUGUGGGGGAUAUGACCAACGACCGGCAGCCUGUGCCAGCUGGCUCAAUUCUCCUGCAGGGCUGGGCCUU